AUGGAGAGGCCAAACCCCCUCUGUUGUCUAAAGACCUCCAAGUUCUUCCGAUAUCCAGCUUCUGCUUUCCAAAGAAUUCAGGAGUCGGUUGAUUGUUUAAGCCCAACAUGCGAUGGGCUCAUUAAUGCUCAGUCUGAAUUCCAGGAUGACAACUCAGUUGUUUCUGGAACAACUAUAACCUCAGCCAGGACGUUCCAAACGAGUUACAACAAUGUCUACAUCCGAGGAAGACAGCCUUUUAUGGUGAGUGGCUUACUACUUCAUUGCCUUCAAGUCACGGACAUUAAUGUCAGCAAGGUUACGAACCUACAUGUGCUCUACCCUCAGAAUAUGUUUGCAGGAGGCUCCCUUUCGAAUCCUGGCAAUGGAUUCUGUUUUCUCAGCCGGCUGCUGCUGCCCACCGGAAGUCUGUUGGCCCCUUCCAUGACUCAGCACCUUAGAGAGGCAGAUGGCCGUGUAGGGAAAGUUAAGAUGGGCCACGCUGCUGUUGACAGGAAAGAAAGGGAGCAAACGCUGCCCACAGGGCAAGCUGAGACACCAAACUCUAAUACUGAAUGGAAAAAAACAACAGAUGAUGGGAAUCCUGUGAGGACGAGGAACAGGAGGAGGAAAGAAAAACAGAAGCCUUCUUGGGUAAGAACAGGAAGAGGUGAUCCAGAGUUUGCCACGUCAAGAACCCAAGUUCACAUCGUAGGUGCCAGACCACAAGCACUGGGACCUGCUUCUAAGAGAGUUAUUGUUUCACAAGCCAGCCUUCAGGAAGACAGGCAAGAAGACUGUCAUCAUGAUGCAACUACUGGGAGCCCUUGCCAUGGGGCCAGUUACUGGGGAUCCCUGCAACUAAGAGCUCAGAGUGAUCCUGUGGAGUCCAGAAGAAUGGUGCUGAAGACAGAGCAGAGAAGAAACACUGAGGAAGAAGCAGAUGAGAGGAGGAAAGAAGAAUCUGAGGAGGCUGUAAGCCAGGGUGCUGCAUGGGGGAGUGAAGAAUUCACAGUUCUGAGGUGGCUGGGAAGUGUUUGGAGUCCAGCAUCACUCACUGGGGACCUGAUGGCAUUUGCUCUGCAGCAGGUGGUUUCCCCCUUUCCCCAAGCUCCAGUAGUUUAAUAAAGACUAUUUUCUUGUGCCCCUGAAUUUACUGAGUGCUUGGCAAGGUUUUGGACUCUACAGGACAUAGACUUGUGGGUAGAUGUUGAGCCACUUUCAUCUGUAGGGUCCAGAAAGACCCUGUGUAAUACUUGGGUUAUAAUUACUCUAAUUCAAACUGUAAGGGUGAGAUCCUUCUUCAUGCCCUUCUUCAAUGGUUAAUGUGAAAUCUCCUACCAACAAUGUUGCUCAGAUUAUUCUAAUGGCUUUCUGGUACCUAAUACACUAAAUCCCACAAUCCUGUGACCAUCCCAUUUGGUCCCAAAUUCUUGUCCACAUGUUCCUCCUUGUACUGGUGAUAACACUCAUAAUCUCUGCUCCACAGGAUGUGACUGUACUCUAGCACUGAUGGCUGCCCACGAGGGCAGACAGGCUGCACUGUAACUUUUCUUUGCAAAAGAACAGGGGGUAAUGGAAGGAUCAAGUCCAGCCAUGAAAAAUAAAUCGUGGGAUUUAGGUCCAGUUUGCCCCAGGUAUUCUAUGGACCAACUGCCCUCUUGGCUUUUCAUCAGCUUGUACCCACGGGGUCAGGCACAGGUCAGGGCUCCUGGCCCCUCAUCAUUAUUGAGGCUUACACUCAGAGAAAGAGAAAAUUUUACUUCUCAUCUUAGUCUAAUUCCUGUUCACUAAGUCCUUUAUGUUUGUCCCAGGAUGAAUGUCUUCCUAGUAUGAUUGGCAGUGGAGAGUGUCUGUCUUUUACUAGAAAAGCCAACUCCUAUGUGAUUGUGUGAGCUGGCUCUGGGACCUCAAGAAGAAAAUCACAGCAACACUUUUUCCUUCAUCUUCAUUUGAUGGCAUGUUCACUUGAUAUAAUUUUUAUAAAAAUAAAUAUG